AUGCCAAAGGUAACGACCUCGUCAUCCUCCGCCAAGUCGCACGCCGCUUCGUCCGUGGAUCCCAGCCGCGCAGCGGCAACUGCGGCUGCCCCCACCUCCGCGACGUCAGCCACCACCGCCAUACGAUCUCUGUGGGAUCGCACGUUCUCGAAUGGCGACACAUACCACGGCGAGGCGCUCUACGUCCACGACAAGGACCGCCAACCCGUGAAAGACGGGAAGGGGCGCUACACGUGGGCUUCCAGCGGGGCCGUCUACGACGGCGACUGGAAGGGCGGACUGCCACACGGCACGGGCGUGAUGAGCGUGCCUGGAAUCGACGGCUACGAGUAUGCGGGGGAGUUCAAAGAUGGAAAGCGCAGCGGUAAGGGGCGCUGCCAGUUUUCCAACGGUCGUGUCUACGAAGGCGAUUGGAGAGAAGACGAGAUGAACGGGACGGGCACUCUGUGCGGCGCAUCGAACGUGGACAACUUUACUGAAUACACUGGCGGCUUCCAGAACGGGAUGCGCAGCGGGCGGCAGGGGAGGUGUGUCUACGUUAACGGAGACGUCUAUGACGGCUCCUGGGCUGCAGGGAAGCGCCAGGGAUUCGGGGAGUGGCAGCUGCGCAGGCCGGCAACCGGCGCUGCCGCGGCCGCUGCAGCUCGCCCUGUGCGCUACCGGGGCGCUUUUGACGGCGACACGCCACAAGCUAGCAGCACCGGCGAGGGGGAGAUCGAGUACGCGGAUGGCAGCUUCUACACCGGCGGCACUGAUGCGCAGAUGCGGCGGCACGGCAAGGGUGUUCACCAUUUCUCUAGCGGGGUUGUUUUCGAGGGCUCUUUUGCGCAGGACCGGCGCGAGGGCAGGGGCGUUCUGCAGGGAAGCGACGGCUCUGUGUGCGAAGGUCAUUGGCACAAUGACCAGCUCAAUGGAGAGGUGCGGGUCACCUUCGCCAUAGCGUCGUCAUCGCUCGCCACCUCCUCGACAUCCAUUGUGAGUCUGCUGCGACUGAGCCAGUCAGAGUAUGCCGCCCACCCGAUGAAGACGUAUCAUGGCCCCUGUGUUGCGGGCAUAUUCACCGGCGCCCCUGCUGUCAUCACGUACAUGGAUGGGAGCAGCUACAACGGCGCUGUGCGCAACGGCGUCCCUCACGGCUCGGGCGUGCUGCGCGAUCGGUCGUUGCCCUGCUCUACUGGCACCCGCGGCAUCGACGCUGACAGCGCUGUGCGCAAGCGCAUUCCAGCCACGUGCGUGCCGCAUGACGUUCUUCUCACGCUUACCUGCUACGAGGGGACCUUCUCCAACGGCGAGGCGGACGGCAACGGCACCGGAGAGUGGCGGACGGACUCGUCGACACAGCAACUCCCACCAGCUUCGUCGUCACCGACAGAGGCCCCGGUCACGCCUCACAACUUCAUGCAAGUACUUGGGACGGGGCUGCGCUGCUGGGACCCGGCCAUGUAUGGACGAUUGGACGGAACCUACACCGGACAGUGGGCGCGUGGCCUCCCGCAUGGGCAGGGAACCUGGCAGUGGUCGGACGGGUCGCGCUACUCCGGCGCGGUGGCGCAGUAUGUGCCCAGCGGCGCCGGCACCUUGACGAGCGCGUCAUCUGUCCAGUACACAGGCGACUUUCAGGAAGGCCAGGUGGGGGGAAACGGAGUCUGGGAGGACAAGGCGCGGGGUCUCAAGUACGAGGGACAGUGGCUGGCUGGUCAGCCCCACGGGUGGGGUGUGGCCACGUUGCUGACCGCAGCAUCUCCAUCUUCACCGCAGACAUCCAAGCCAAUAUGGUCGGUGAGUUCGCGCGUGUACGAGGGGUCGUGGGCAAACGGGAAGCCAUCUGGUCAAGGCAGUGAGUACACCACUGAGGAUCGUCGCCGCGUCGCCUACGAGGGCGGCUACGUCGACGGUUACCGCGAGGGUGAAGGAACCAUCUCUUUUAGUGACACGGACGGCACCACCGGCGACACGAGCCUGUCGCCGCACUACCUGAAGUACACGGGCAGCUUUAGUAGAGGCGUUCCCGGCGGCGGCGCUGGUUGCUUAACCCUUCGCAACAAAACCAGCAUUGAGGCCUGCUUCGAUGCACAGCUGCAGCCGCUGGCCAGCAGGGAUGUCAGCAUUAAGUCGGGCAACGAGACGUGGACGUUCAAGGGUGUCUACGACGCGGUGACGCACACGGGCUGUGGCGUCAUGACUUUUGCAAACGGCGACGUGUACGUCGGCGAAGUCGAAGAUGCCAGCUUCGGAGGCGGGCAGCAGCAGCAGCAGCCUCUCUUCCAUCUGCAGUGCCACGGCCGUGGCACUUACAAGUUCGUGGAGGGAAACCAACUCCACUGCACAUGGCGGCACAAUGUCCUCCACGGCGCCGGCACAUACACGUCGUCGGACGGUAUGCAAACAGAGCGGAACUAUGCAGAUGGAGUGCUAGCGGGUGGUGGAGUAGUUGCCACUGUUGGAGGUGGUAUCGGCGGCAGCGCUGGCGGCGCGCACGUUGAAGCGGACACCGGCGUCUUGAGGGGCAACGUCUUCACUCCUGAGAACGAGUUCCCAAACACGCUGUCGGCGGAGGUGUUGAAGUCCCGCGUGCCAGAGUUGCAGCAGCAAUCGCAGUCGCAGUCGCGAAAGCGGCAGCCCUUCUCCUUCAUGCGCAAGGGAGAAGCCCGCCGAGCCUCCGCGGCAGGGGAGGCGGCGGCGGCGGCGCCCGGCGGUGCUGCUUCUGUAGGGGCAUCCUCGGCAAUCCCAGCGCAUCGACGUAGUUCACAACGCGACUCGCAGGACGCAAAGAGGCAGCUGGCCCCGCCGCCGGCCGCCGCAAACCAGAAGUGUAGCCCCCGUACCUCUGUCAUGAGUUCUGCGGCGCCAAACGACACUGGCGCCAACGGACGUUUCGGUGCCCGCAGCCCCCCGCGCGCGGCCUGUUGCGGCACUGUCCCGUCAACCAAGGGUGCGUCCCCUGCCGUCUCGCCGCUGCGCUCGACGGCCAAGUACACCCUGAGGCGACCCCAGCGGACGGCAAGGAAUGCGCCCCCUCCUGCCGCAGAGGCUUCCUCCGCUGACGGGGCGUCACCGAUUGCUACGGCGCCGACAAACGCGCGACCCGCCCCCAUCCACCAUGCCAAGGACGGCAACGACGGCGCUGGCGCCACCGCACCGACGUCCUCUGGGUACCUCUCGAAGUUUCAGGCUGGCAUCCGCCUGCUCGACAACAUACCGCGAGCUAACUCGCCCACCCCUUCCGCGGUAUCCCGCGACCUGAAGCCGCCAGCAAAAGGCUCGUCAUGCCCCGUCACCGCACCGGCGCAGCCCGGCUCACGAGGCCGACUCAGCUCUGCGCUGGCAGCGGGGCGAGCUCAAGAGAUUCAGCAGCGGGUACUCAAGCCUCUCAAGGGCUCUCUUAAGGCACUGAUGGAUGAGGCGAGCUCGAUACGCAGCACCCGCGAGGAUGAGAUCCAUCUGCUCACAGAGGAGAUGCGGGAGCUGAACGAGCGCAUUUGGCAGCUGCGCUUCACGUUGAGAUCCAAGGAAGAGGAAGACAGUGGCAGGGGUGCGGGCAAGAAGACCUAUGUCGCGGCAGCACCGCCGACCAAAACGGAAAGGAAACGAACAUCCGUCUCGAAAGAGGCCCUCGACACCCUCGUGCAGGAGCGGCGCGUAGUGAUGGAAAAACUGCAGUAUGUCGUGAACGAGCACGGGGAUUAG